AUGGCUUUGUCUUAUGAAACUGAACCAACUAAUUACAAGGAAGCUAGCAAGGAUCCUCGAUGGAUGCAACUUGAGUUGAAUUCUCUGAAUCACAAUCACACAUGGGAUCUACUGGAUCUACCUCCUAAUGCUUCUCCCAUUGGAAGUAAAUGGGUGUUUAAGAUCAAAAGACAUGCUGAUGGAUCUGUUGAGAGAUUUAAAGCAAGACUGUGGCACAAGCUAGAUGUGAACAAUGCAUUUCUGCAUGGUGAUUUACACGAGGCUAUCUAUAUGAAGCUACCACAUGGUGUUCUUUCCUCCAAAGUAGGCCAGGUGUGUAAACUUAACAAAUCACUGUAUGGCUUGAAGCAAGCAAGUCGGCAAUGGUUUGAAAAGUUAACUACUUUUCUACAGAGUCAAGGUUUCAUUCAUGCCCAUGCUGAUCACACUCUACUCACUAAGAUUGAUUCAUCCUCAUUCACAGCCAUUCUUAUGUAUGUUGAUGACAUUAUCUUAGCUGAGACAUCUCUCUCUAUGAUUAAUACUCUGAAGAAAGCAUUGGAUAACACUUUUCAUAUCAAAGACCUAGGGCAGUUGAAGUUCUUCUUAGGUCUUGAGGUUGCUCGAUCAACCAAAGGUAUCACACUUUGCCAAAGGAAAUAUUGCCUUGAGUUGUUACAUGAUGCUGGUUUGGCUGGUUGCAAACCAGUUUCUACUCCUUUGGACGCUUCUUCUCGUCUCCACCAAGAUGAUGGAUCUUCUUUCUCUGAUGUCACUGCCUAUAGACGAUUAGUGGGAAGACAUCUCUUUCUUACUACUACACGACCGGAUAUUGCAUUUGCUACCCAACAAUUGAGCCAAUUUAUGAGUGCACCUACUGAAUCUCAUUAUAAGGUUGCUUUAAGAGUUCUAUGCUAUCUUAAGCAGUCUCCGGCUCGUGGUAUUUUCCUUUCUCAGGCUCUAGAUUUGCAGCUAUCUGGAUUUAGUGACGCUGAUUGGGGCGGUUGUGUUGACACGCGACGCUCUAUCUCUGGGUAUUGCUUCUUCAUUGGGCAAUCACUCGUGUCUUGGAAAGCUAAGAAGCAGCUCACUGUCAGUUGCUAUUCAGUUGAGGAGGAGUAUCGUUCCCUAGCAUCUGCUACACGUGAGCUUCAAUGA